GUCACCACCGGAUGGGAGGAGAGGAGGAUAGACGCGUUAGAGUAGGCAGGGGAGAAAGAGAGCGAGGAAGAGAAAGCGAGAGGAGGAGGAACGGGUAGAUAAGGAAUAAAGGUGUAACCCAAUCUACUGACACAAUCAAGGGAGGGCUUUUUCCCCCCUUAUCUUUAUUUCUAAAUGAUUUCAUGGGGCUUUGGCGUUUAUUCUAAGCAGAGCGAGCAGGGAGCCAUUCACUGUUUCUGACGCGUAAGGUUGCCCCUACACGCCUUUGGGCAUCACCGCUGAUGCAGGAUGAUAGGAUUAAUUGUAUAGCGUAAAUCUGUGACAAAGUAUUCUUGCGAUCCACAGUGAAGAAAGAGGAGGAGGAGGCAAACUAUGAUCCGAGGAUGAUUUCUGCUAAGAAAACUCCGGAGAAGAGUCGUUAUCCUAUCCACUAUCUGGUGUGGCACAACAAACACCGACAACUGGAGAAGGAGCUUGCAAGGAACGAGCAGACCGAUUUAGAGUCUCUGGACCCUCGCGGUCGUACUCCUCUUCACCUCGCUGUCACGCUGGGCCACCUGGACUGCGCCAGGGUCCUGCUGCAGCACGGCGCUGACGUUAGCAAGGAGAACCGCAACGGAUGGACAGUUCUUCAGGAGGCGGUGAGUACCAGAGAUCCGGAGCUGGUGCGUCUCGUGCUUCGUUACCGUGACUACCAGAGGACUGCCAAGAGACUGGCGGGCAUCCCCGUCCUGCUGGAGCGACUGCGCCAAGCCCAAGACUUCUAUGUGGAGAUGAAAUGGGAGUUUACCAGCUGGGUGCCCCUGGUGUCUCGCAUCUGCCCCAGUGACACAUACAGAGUUUGGAAGAGUGGUCAGUGUCUCCGUGUUGACACCACCCUGAUGGGAUUUGAACAGAUGACCUGGCAGAGAGGAAACCGGAGCUUCAUUUUCAAGGGACAGGACUCCAGCGCAGAGGUGAUGGAGGUCGACCACGACAGGCAGCUGGUGUUCCGUGAGACCUUGUGCGUGUCAUCCCUCACAGCGCUCUCGCCGGGCAGGGGGAAGGGUGGUGCCUGCAGCAGCACCACAGCUGGGUUGGGCCUUCUGGGAGUAAUGCAGCCCACUGACGAGCAGGUAGCGGCCCGGCUGUCUGCCCCAGUGGUGACCACGCAGCUGGACACCCGCAACAUCGCGUUCGAGAGGAACAAGACGGGCAUCCUGGGAUGGAGGAGCGAGAAGACCGAGACGGUGAAUGGAUAUGAAGCAAAGGUGUAUGCAGCAUCCAAUGUUGAGCUGAUUACCAGGACCAGAACCGACCAUCUGUCAGACCAGAACAAGAACAAGAUAAAAGGUGGGAAGACUCCACUGCAGAACUUCCUCGGGAUUGCAGAACAGCACAUGGGGCCUAAUAACGGGGCUCUGGUGACCCAGAUGUCGUCCCCCGUGGUGACAAACCCCGCUGCGCUGACCGCCGAGGAAUACUUCAACCCCAGCUCGACGACCACUCAGAGGGAUAUCGGCCACCCGUGCCAGCUCACAACCAAGACGCAGAGGUUUAAAGCUAAGUUGUGGCUGUGUGAGUCCCACCCUCUUUCCCUGGCAGAACAAGUGGUGCCUAUCAUCGAUCUCAUGGCGAUCUCGAACGCCCUGUUCGCUAAGCUGCGUGACUUCAUCACUCUGCGUUUGCCGCCUGGCUUCCCUGUCAAGAUUGAGAUCCCUCUCUACCACAUCCUGAAUGCCAGGAUCACCUUUAGUAACCUGAAUGGCUGUGAGGAGGGAGCCGGUGUCCGUGCUGACAACGAAGUGGUGGUGGAGGGCGAAAGACAGAGGGACACCCCGAGGACAGACACGCCUUCUCCGGGCAGCGACUCGUCCAGCGUCUCCAGCUCUAGUUCCACCAUGUCCUGUCGAGCCAGCGAGAUUCCCCCGUGUGUGUUUGAGGCCCCACCUGGAUACACCAUGCUAGGAGGCAAACAGAGAGACAGCAUGAGGGAGGAGGAGGAGGAUCUGCUGCAGUUUGCCAUACAGCAGAGCCUACUGGAGGCUGGCUCUGAAUACGAUCAGGUGACCAUCUGGGAGGCGCUGACCAACAGCAAGCCGGGGACUCACCCUCUGUCCUGCGACCCGAGUCGUGUCGAGAGCACCCCCCAGCACAAGCCCCGCCCCCCCACCAGCCUUUGCUCCACCCCCUCCAAGAAGAAGCCGACCACCUGCAGCUAUGACGAGCAGCUGCGUAUCGCCAUGGAGAUCUCAGCCCGGGAGCAGCAGGAGGCGGAGCUUCGGCAGCAGCAGGAGGAAGAGGAGCUGCAGCGCAUCAUCCAGCUGUCACUCAUGGAGAAAUGAGCCCCUCACCCCACACCCUCCCUCUGAACCAGGCGGUCCUGCCAGGGUGGUGGGUCUGGACUGAGGGGAGGUGGGUGGAAAAGGGCAGGUGUCCGCUUAAAAUCUUGGAAAUUUAAAAAGAAAACCAUCUUAGAGGUAACAUCUGACCUGGCCGUCCCUCCCCUCGCCUCAGCCAGACCCUUUUCCCAUGAAGCCAUGAGGUGGUUGCGUCUGCCCGGCUUCACAAAGCCAGAGACGGACGCACGCCUGGUCUCUCUUCUGCCACAUUGGCACUUUCUCGACAAGUGCCAGUUUACAACCAACGACACAUCCGGUACAGUUUAACAGGAACUCCGUCUCGAAUUAAUGAUUUCUUGGGGGGUGUUUUGCAAGGGUGCGUGUUUGUCUGUGCGUGUGUGUGUGUGCGUUUAAAACAAACCAGCUCAACGCACAGAAGGUCAAUAAGGUCAACUAAACAGUUCCCCUAAAUGUAGUGUGUCAGGCCAACUCACUGCUCCAGCACCUAAUGCACACUCACCCCACGCUCCCGUCACCACUGAGCGCGUGUGGUUUUCAGUUCUGACUGCAUCGAAGAGCGCAGCGGCGUGGAGAACGCCUUCCUCAUUUGAAGGCCGAUAAAUAAUCAGACUUCCUCAGUUUUUAAUGAAAAUUUUUAAAAUGAUGGACUAAUGUGUUUCUUCUUCUUCUCUUUUUUUUUUUUUUUUGAUUUGCACAAAAUCCAGAUGUACUGUACUUGUGGGUGAAGCACAUAUAUGACUGUUAAUGGAUGUUUGAGUUUGAGCACAAAGUUUAAAACAAAAAAAGAAACCCAGGCCGGGGUCUAGUUUUAAACCCUGACGCCGGGCUUUGCAAGGAGCACAGUAAUGAUGAGACUCCCAGAUGAACACUAGGUGUGUACUAACUAUA